UUCCCAUCCAAAUUUCUGUACUGUUCAGGAAAUGGUAAAACUCUACCCAGUGCCCACCGUCGAAUGCGCAAUUUAGCCCCGUUCAUAGCGCAAUUCCCUGCAGCCGCGUGCCAGCUGUCAUCUGCUCUACCGCAUUUGGGCACCGCGGUGCAACAUAGUCUCUAAUCGAUAACACAUUACCGAUGGUCCACUUUCUUCAGCCAGUCACCGCACUCCACACCACAGCGAGGCUCAUGUCCCGCCGCGACCAGCGCCGCCACCCACGCUAUUGAGUCGACUCAAAAGCGCAUAGCCGCCGCAUUGCAGUGUUUGACGCCGGGCGAGAGAGUAAGAAUCAUCGUGAUGACGCGGUCGGGCGGCAAGGCGCUCGACGCGCACCAGCAGCCGUCGAGAGCGUCGCUGGUGGCGGCGGCGCUGGUGGCGGCGGGGCUGCUGCUGCUCGCCGUGCUCCACGCCGACAUCCGCCCCGCCGCCCGCCCCUCCCCCUCCGCCCCCCAGCGCCCGCGCCUCAAGGUGUUCCUUCCCGAGCUUCCCGGGGAGUUCAACUUCCGCCUGCUCAAGGGGGAGUGGAUCCGGGACCACCGCGUGCAGCUGCUGACUCAGCACGGCAUGCCACCAGCGUGGGACCUCAGCCGCCCUGCUGACUCGCCCUCCUCCCCAGCCAGCACCGAACCUGACGUGGAAGCACGCUAUUGGUCGAAACGCCCUUCAUACGCAAUAGUACCAUCGUUCCCACCACUACCAUUCGCAGCAGAGCACAGCGCGGAGUACUGGCUCACGCUCUCUCUGCUGUCAGGCACGCCCUCGGUGCAGCUGGUGCAGCAUGCCAGGGAGGCGGACAUCGUCUUUCUGCCCGUCUUCUCCUCCCUCCUCGCCUUCGCCUUCAACGCCACCCCCACCAACCGGGCUGCGCUACUGCUGGCGCUGCAAUCACGUGGAGCGUCGGCUGGAGCACCUGGCGCAGCAGCACUGGCUCCGGUGUUCGUGAAGCCCCACCUGAGCGACGAAUUCAGGCAGCUCGUGACCCACCUUUUCAAUCUAGCUCAUGCUUUCGCACUCAGCGGCAGCAGCAGCAGCAGCAGCAGUGGCAGCAGCAAUGGUGGCGGGAGAGCGAGGUUAGAGCCGCGAGUGGUGGUGGCAGUGAGCAUGCCGCGCGCGCUGGCGGCCUUCCAUGCGCUCCUGCCAUCCCUCUGCACGCUCACAACCGACUUCUCCUUCCAGCCGCUGCAGGACCUAAACUUUAUGAAGGAUGUGAUUAUACCGUACGUGCCUGUAGUGGAGCCUUAUCUCGACGACCCUGGCAGCUGGUCUGAUCGCGGGACUGUCCUUUAUUUCCGUGGCUCCACACAAGUCUUUAAUAACGGCAGGGCGUUGCGGCGAGGCCUGGCCAAGUUGUUUGAGGCGCCUCAGGGGAUGCAGGGGGCGGUGUUCGAAGCAGCUGAUCGGGAGGACGCCAGCCAGGUGACAGUGGCGGAUGUAGCGGCCAUGCAGCACGCCAUGCGCCGCAGCCGCUUCUGCCUCGUACCUGAAGGCAACACUGUUUCUUCCUCGCGCCUCUUCAACGCCAUGGCCAGCGGGUGCAUCCCAGUGGUGGUGAGCGACAGCAUCACGCUACCCUUCGAGGACGCCAUCGACUUCACUCGCUUCGCCCUCUUCGUGCCCGCGGAGCUUGCCACUCGCUUUGGCUACCUGGCGUCGCUGCUGCGCAUGGACGCCAGCACGUGGCGGGCCAUGUGGGAGGAGCUGCGACAGGUGCAACGCCACUUCUUAUUCGGCACCCCAGCAGCGGACGGGGGAGCCGAGGACAUGGUGUGGCAGGCGCUGCAGCGCAAGCUGGCCAGGGAGGCCGCAGCGAGAGAGAGGGCCGCGUGGCAGGGGGGGCAGGUGGAAUUCAUGGUGCGGCGGCAUCGGGUGAUGACGGGCAUGCUGGCAGCCGUGGGGCUGAAUGGGAGUGCGUGGCGGAUGAGAGAGCGAGGGGACUUCACGGCACGGCAGAUGGAGGAGAGGGAGGGGGAGAGGGAGGCGGAGAGAGUGAGAGAGAAGAGUGAACGGGAGAGGAGGUACAAGGAGGAGAGGAGGAGGCAGUAGGAGGAGAGGAGGAGGCAGUAGGAGGAGAGGAGGAGGCAGUAGGAGGAGAGGAAGAAAGCUGUGGCUAGGAAGGAGCGUGGGAAGAAGAGCUGAGCCGACCCAGGCAUAAGCAGAGAGAGGACGUCCGUGGCAUGGCUGGGGAAGAUGCAUAGACUGGAAAUAAACCCACUUAAUCAUU